ACUUCAGGAUUCAUAAAAUUUCAGUUUUGAAGUUUUUUUUUCUUUCUUAUAAUAGAAAGAAUCUAUCAACCGUUGAAUUUUCUAAAACUCUAUACAUUUUCGUUUUCAUUUCUUUCUUCUCUCUUAAACAUUUUCACACAUUCCUCUGUCAUUUUUCAAAUUCUAUUUUUUUCUAAAUCAGGUUUUGUCAAAAGAAAUGGGUUCAGUUUCUCUCUGAAGAAACCAAACGACCCAAAACAAAAGAACUCUUAUCAUUGUAAUGGCUUCAAGUCCACCCAAAAAGACUUUAAACUCACAAUCCUCGUCCAUAAGCCGGCCUCCACAGGCCGUCAAGUUUGGUCGCCGGACGUCCAGUGGCCGCAGUGUGAGCCUCUCCCGCGAUGAUGACAUGGAUGUCCCUGGAGACUCCUCCAGCCACACCGAUUACAUCAACUACACCGUCCACAUGCCUCCAACACCGGACAACCAACCCGCUGGCUCCACCUCUGAUGCAGCAAACCGCGGUGGACCCCGGAACAAGAUGGAGAGGAGAUUAUCCGUCAUGAAAUCGAAUAACAAGUCAAUGUUGUUGAGGAGCCAAACGGGAGACUUUGAUCAUAACAGGUGGUUGUUUGAAUCUAAAGGGAAGUACGGAAUAGGAAACGCGUUCUGGUCGGAAGAGGAUGAUAACUACGACGGUGGUGUUAACAUGUCGGAUUUUUUAGACAAACCAUGGAAGCCUCUCACCAGAAAAGUUCAGAUUCCAGCCAAAGUUCUUAGUCCUUACAGGUUAUUAAUAGUAUGUCGUCUUGUGGUACUCUUCUUCUUCCUCUGGUGGCGUAUUGCGAACCCCAACGAGGAUGCAAUGUGGCUAUGGGGACUAUCUAUAGUUUGCGAGCUUUGGUUCGCUUUCUCUUGGAUUCUUGACAUUCUUCCAAAGCUAAACCCUAUAAACAGAGCUACAGAUCUCGAUGCCUUGCAUGACAAGUUUGAGCAGCCUUCUCCUUCAAACCCUACUGGUCGCUCUGAUCUUCCCGGUGUUGAUGUGUUUGUUUCCACUGCUGACCCGGAUAAAGAACCUCCUUUAGUUACCGCGAACACCCUUCUUUCGAUCCUCGCUGUAGAUUACCCAAUCGAGAAGCUUUCAGCUUACAUUUCAGACGAUGGUGGUGCAAUUCUCACCUUUGAAGCCAUGGCUGAAGCUGUUCGCUUUGCUGAGUAUUGGGUGCCAUUUUGUAGAAAACAUGACAUAGAGCCUAGAAACCCGGAUAGUUACUUCAGCCUCAAGAAAGACCCGACAAAGAACAAGAAAAAGCACGAUUUUGUGAAAGAUCGUCGUUGGGUCAAGCGUGAGUAUGAUGAGUUCAAGGUUAGGAUCAAUGGUCUUCCAGAACAAAUCAAGAAAAGAGCUGAGCAAUUCAACAUGAGGGAAGAGCUUAAGGAAAGGCGUAUUGCCAAAGAAAAAAAUGGCGGUGUACUGCCACCUGAUGGAGUUGAGGUUGUAAAAGCAACAUGGAUGGCUGAUGGUACACAUUGGCCAGGGACUUGGUUUGAACCUAAACCUGAUCAUUCGAAAGGAGACCAUGCCGGAAUCCUACAGAUUAUGAGUAAAGUGCCUGAGCUUGAACCGGUGAUGGGUGGACCGAAUGAGGGUGCAUUGGACUUCACUGGGAUCGAUAUCCGAGUACCGAUGUUUGCUUAUGUAUCACGUGAGAAACGUCCAGGUUUUGACCAUAACAAGAAAGCAGGUGCAAUGAAUGGUAUGGUUAGAGCUUCAGCCAUAUUAUCUAAUGGUGCCUUCAUCCUCAAUUUGGAUUGUGAUCACUACAUCUACAACUCCAAAGCUAUUAAAGAAGGAAUGUGUUUCAUGAUGGACCGAGGUGGUGAUAGAAUAUGUUACAUUCAGUUUCCACAAAGGUUCGAAGGAAUUGACCCAUCUGAUCGGUAUGCAAAUCACAAUACUGUCUUCUUUGACGGUAACAUGAGAGCAUUAGAUGGUUUACAAGGACCCGUCUAUGUCGGAACAGGGUGUAUGUUCCGAAGGUAUGCUCUCUAUGGAUUCAACCCACCUCGAGCAAACGAGUACUCAGGCGUGUUUGGUCAAGAUAAAGCCCCUGCUAUGUAUGGCCGGACUCAGUCCGGGGCGUCCCAAAAUUCCCAAGCAUCUGACAUAGAGUCCGAUACACAGCCUCUUACCGAUGAUCCAGAUCUUGGUCUGCCCAAAAAGUUUGGUAACUCGACCGUGUUCACAGACACUAUCCCAGUUGCAGAGUACCAAGGACGGCCUCUAGCAGAUCACAUGUCAGUUAAAAACGGAAGACCGCCCGGUGCUUUGCUCCUGCCUCGACCUCCCCUUGAUGCUCCAACCGUAGCUGAAGCCAUUGCUGUCAUUUCCUGCUGGUAUGAAGACAAUACAGAAUGGGGAGAUAGAAUCGGAUGGAUCUACGGGUCGGUCACUGAAGACGUGGUGACGGGCUAUCGUAUGCACAACCGUGGUUGGCGGUCGGUUUACUGCAUCACAAAACGUGACGCUUUCCGUGGCACAGCUCCAAUAAAUCUCACUGACCGUCUCCACCAAGUCCUCCGUUGGGCCACUGGCUCAGUAGAGAUCUUCUUCUCCAAGAACAACGCGAUUUUCGCCACCAGACGGCUCAAGUUUCUCCAGCGAGUCGCCUACCUCAACGUCGGUAUAUACCCUUUCACCUCCAUCUUCUUGGUCGUCUACUGCUUCCUCCCGGCUCUCUGUCUCUUCUCCGGCAAAUUCAUCGUCCAGAGCCUCGACAUUCACUUCCUCUCCUACCUCCUAUGCAUCACCAUCACCUUAACUCUAAUCUCCCUCCUCGAGGUCAAAUGGUCAGGUAUUGGACUCGAAGAAUGGUGGAGGAACGAACAGUUUUGGCUCAUAGGAGGCACGAGCGCUCAUCUGGCAGCAGUUGUUCAAGGGUUUCUCAAAGUGAUAGCUGGAAUCGAAAUCUCUUUCACAUUGACAUCUAAGUCCGCAGGAGAAGACGAAGACGACGUCUUUGCGGAUCUUUACAUUGUGAAGUGGACGGGGUUGUUCAUCAUGCCUCUAACGAUCAUUGUAGUGAACCUCGUUGCGAUUGUGAUAGGUGCUUCGAGGACGAUAUAUAGUGUGAUUCCGCAGUGGAACAAGUUGCUAGGAGGGACGUUCUUUAGCAUGUGGGUAUUGACUCAUAUGUAUCCGUUUGCUAAAGGGUUGAUGGGUCGGAGAGGAAAGGUUCCGACCAUUGUUUAUGUUUGGUCGGGGCUUGUCUCGAUUACUGUCUCGCUGCUUUGGAUCACGAUCAGUCCUCCAGAUGAUGUUACAGGCGGUGGAGGAAUAUCAGUGUAAAUUGAAUUAAAAUAAUACUCAGAGAGGUUUUUGAAUCUUUUUUUUUAAAGAAUUUGGUUUAUGUAAAUUUACGUUGAGAAGAAAAAUAAUGUUUUAGUUCUUGAUAGUUUUUUAAGUCUUCUUAUUGUUUACAUGGAACUUAAACAUACAUCGUGUGGCUCUGUUUUCUCUCUGUUAUUAGAAGAUGAAAACAUAGGAAAAAAGGUUUUUAGUUGUAAAUUUGUAAUCGAGUUACAUAUUUGAGAAAGUCUGAACAUUUGUGUAUGGUCCAAAUCAUUGACAAUUCCUUUGUAUAUUUCAUGUGCUUCUCUAUUCUACCACACACAGAAGCACACUGAAUGCAAGAAAGCAUAUAUAUGAGCUCUCCACUCACUGCGGAGAUGAAGUGUGUCUGUCAUAUGUUUGUGGCGUAGAGAUAGAACAUCAAUUUAUCAACACAUACCCUGAGAAAAGAGAUGUUCAUAUAGUUAUGACAUAAACUUUAGCUAUCUUACGUUAUGGAAUAUGGCAUAGAACAACCUUUCUCUGUGAUAAUUUCCAGCCGACGCUGGCUCCGGCGUCGGUUCGUACUGUUGUUCUUUUCUGUUGUUUUUAUGUUUUCUAAGAAUUUAUAUUUCAAAUAACAUCACUAUCGUUGACUUGUUAUCAAAUCAAGCAACGCGUUUUAUCAUCACACUGUUUCUCCUCUUCUUGGCACUAUCGCAUGACGUCUUCAUUACGGGUAAACAGUUUUCCAAUUAUCCUUUGGUUCAUGGGGCAAUUAGGAGGCUUGGAUCAGAUUUUUGAUGAGUCGUUAUUCUCCCUAAUCGGUGAGUCUAUUAUCUCCAUUAUUGUUGAGAGUAAUCUACCGGUAAAAAUAAAGCUUGGUGGUUUGUUUUGUCGAUGUGUUUCCAUGGCUUGAUAGGCAUGGUGGUUUAUUCCCUCAAGAGAAUCCGUUGAGAGGGUCACGAUUUCUAUGGAACAAAAAAAAGAAAUCUUAAACCGCCAUGGUCAUGGAGAAGAUUACGUACGUCAUGUUUUUUUGACAAAUUGACAUGGAAGAUGGUGACUCCACUAUUUGGGAGAGAUGUGUUUCAUCAUUAUUUGGUAUACAACUACAUGAAGACAACUCUGAUUUCUUUUUUUUAUUGGAUUUCGUAAAUCAAAUAAUAUUAUGUGUUCUGAGGACAACAAAAGAAAUGAAGGUUUGUUUAUAUGAAGACAUGGAGUUAAGUGAUUAUCAAUGUUAUUACUUUUCUAUUAUCAUGUUCUAUUUAAAGGUUUUCUCUAAUUUUCUGCAUAAUUCGUCUUCUCCGAGAAGUGAAACCCAGACCUCUUCCUGUAGAAAUGCGUUGUCUUAGCACCCUGGUUAAUUUGUCUGGUUAAGAGAGAAAGCAGUUUAUAAAGGCAUAAUUAACCUUAGCACCUUAAUUUUUUUUUUUUUUGAUUUUUGUCUGAUGAAAAAAAAAAAA